AUGGAUCGAGCACGCACGCAGCCCGGCCUACCAGAUAUGGCUCAAUCUAAGUUGGGCAUGCCAAUCAUUGCAAUCAAUGGUGUGAAGUUGGACCUGUCUGAGGCGCCUGGGCGGACCCGUCGUCGUCUCCAUGCAUCUAAAUGCGCCUCCAUUCCACAAGACUCACAACACUGCGAACCGUCGUCGUCGUCGUCGUCUGCUGUACACGUACACAUUACGGUUACACAGUUCCAAGCUGCGUCUCGUCCCGCAAAGGCUGCAAUUGAACAGACCAGAACGAGAACAAGGUACUUAGUACGCCUUCCCCCUCCGGAAACGCCAAGUACCCAGGAAACGCCAAUCCGGGGCAGCUCUGUGCCUCGUGCCUGCGUCUGGCUGCUGUGCGCUGUUUGGUUCAUCCAUCGCCCGUUGUCCCACACGAUGCAAGUCGAAUCAAAAUGCGAAUCGAGUGUGCCUGUUUGCUGCGCAUGGUUACCCGACCUCGCGUCACUGGCGGCCAAGUCAAAGGUCAAGACGGACAACCUGGAAAGUCGGACAGACAAAGGUGCCGCUGCCCCACGGAGCGCAUUGCAUUGCACCGCAACGAUUCCUCGUCCAACGUGCUCUGUUUCCCACCGCCUCUCGCCCGAAUCCUCGAAUUCUGAGUCUGUCUGUCAGUCAGACUGUCUCUGUCCAAGACGCGCGUGGACCGAGGUAGACUUGCCAACGCAACGCACCACCUCAAGCCUGCCAGUCCCAUCUUGGCCGAUGAUCCGUCUUGUCGCGCGCCUUCAACGUCUGCAACUGGCUUGUUCCUCAUUCCUCUUGAUAAAUCGUCCUCCACGAGCACUGCAAACAACCAGCAAAGGCCCGUUCAUAUCGGGGCGGCGCAAGGAAAGGACGGAAGAUCUCAAUCGGCCAAGACUUUCACUUGUUUUACGCAUUACGCUAUCUGAGGUGGGAGAGCCGAUGUACCCGGUACCUACCUAG